AUGCUCUAUAAAACAACUCAAUUUUCGCUCUUUUGGUCUGCAGUUAUGACUAAAUCGUCGAAUACUAAUAAAUGUUCUAAUGGACGUCAAAAAAAGAAUGAAAAUGGCUACAUAAUUUUCUCUAAUAUUUAUAGAAAAACUUUUGCCAAAGAGAUACGUUCGAAAAAUACCAUGAAGACUACAGGACAAUUUUGGGGCUCCUUACCAAAUGACCUUAAGAACCAAUUUACCACAUACGCUAAUAGAAAGAGACUACUAAAGGAAAUUAAAGAAGGUUAUAGUCCCAUCUCCGGCAAAGAAAUAAAUUUUAAAAGAGAAAAUUCGACGUUAUGUAUUAUAUACGAUGAUCUCAUUAGUCAUAACUCAACCCCGAAUAUUUUACCACAACCGCGCUCUUUAGAUGAUGAUGAAUAUGACAAAAUCUUCGAUAACUUCGUUAAUUACGAUUAA